CUAGAAAAAAAUACAUUAUAUAUAUAUAAAUAUUAUAUUUUUAAAAAAGUGUCCUUAUUUUAUCACCAUAUAUUGAGUGUAGUGCGUCGAUGCUCCGCUGGUUUCUCCUCAGAUUUGCUUUGUUUUGAACAAUAUCCAUCACCACCACCAACUACUACAUUCAUCUUAGAGAAUGAGAGGAGGUCUAUGGCAACUUGGUCAAUCAAUCACCCGUCGUCUUUCUCAAGCUGAUAAGAAGGCUGUGGCCCGUCGAUACUUCGCCUCUGAAGCUGAUCUCAAAAAGACUGUACUAUAUGACUUUCAUGUGGCUCAUGGUGGGAAGAUGGUGCCAUUUGCUGGGUGGAGCAUGCCCAUUCAGUACAAGGAUUCUAUCAUGGACUCUACUGUGAACUGUAGGCAGAACGGCAGCCUAUUUGAUGUCUCCCAUAUGUGUGGACUGAGUCUCAAGGGAAAGGAUUGCGUCCCUUUCCUUGAGAAGCUUGUUAUUGCUGAUGUUGCUGGGCUUGCACAUGGAACUGGCACUCUAACUGUCUUUACAAAUGAGAAAGGAGGAGCAAUUGAUGAUUCUGUGAUCACCAAAGUUAAGGAUGAUCUCUUAUACAUAGUUGUGAAUGCGGGGUGUAGGGACAAGGAUUUGGCUCACAUUGAGGAGCACAUGAAGGCAUUCAAGACAAAGGGUGGUGAUGUCUCAUGGCACAUUCAUGACGAGAGAUCUCUUCUUGCACUUCAGGGACCUCUUGCUGCCCCAGUUCUUCAACACCUGACAAAAGAGGAUCUGAGCAAGAUAUACUUUGGGGAAUUUCAUAUGAUUGACAUCAAUGGAUCACACUGCUUUCUCACUAGGACUGGGUAUACUGGUGAAGAUGGAUUUGAAAUCUCUGUUGCUUCGGAGCAUGCUGUGGAUCUUGCCAAGGCAAUCUUAGAAAAAUCUGAAGGAAAAAUAAGAUUGACAGGGCUGGGUGCACGUGACAGCCUCCGACUUGAAGCUGGGUUGUGUUUAUAUGGUAAUGACAUGGAACAACACAUAACACCUGUAGAGGCAGGAUUGACAUGGGCCAUAGGGAAAAGGCGAAAGUCUGAAGGUGGCUUUCUUGGUGCUGAGGUAAUACUCAAACAACUAGCAGAGGGUCCCAAAAUCAGGCGUGUAGGAUUUACCUCUUCUGGUCCACCACCUAGAUCCCACAGUGAGAUUCAGAAUGAUAAAGGGGAAAAUAUUGGAGAAAUCACCAGUGGAGGAUUUAGUCCAUGCCUCAAGAAGAACAUUGCUAUGGGGUAUGUGAAAUCUGGAUUACACAAGGCAGGCACCAAUGUUAAAAUACUUGUGCGAGGGAAGGCCUAUGAUGGAGUUGUCACAAAAAUGCCAUUUGUACCAACUAAAUAUUACAAGCCAUCCUAAUUCAUCUUUGGUCCUUCGGCUCCUGGACUUUCUGAUAAGUUCCUGUUUUGACUUGUUCUUGUUAAACACGAUUACUUUCAAUGAUAACUCUCCCGUUUUCUGUCUGCUA